AUGCGUUCUCCAACUCUAAAUAAUAAUCAUUCAUCAUCACACGAUAUGAACAAUAAUCAACAACAACAACAACAACAACAAACUAAUGGAAAUGGAUUUGCUAUCAGUAGUUUAUCAAUGGAUGUAUCAUUAUCUGAAUUACAAGAAAUGGCAGCACGACAACAACAACAAAUUGAACAUAAUCAACAAUUAUUACUUGCACGUGAACAACGUUUAAAAUAUCUUAAGCAACAAGAAUUAAAACAACAACAAACAUCACAUGAUAGUUUACGUCUUAAACGUUUAAAAGAACAUAUUGAACAACAAGAACUUAAACAUUUACGUUUAAAAACUCUUCAAAAUCAAAUAAAUCAACAAAGAAAUUCAAAUUCAACACUUGCAAAUGAAUUAGAAAUUUUAAAACAAAUAUUUUUUGAUAAAGAACAUGAAUUAACAGUAGCAUUAAAUAAAGUUGAUGAAUUAACAAAACAACUUGAUCAAUUAAGAAAAAUAAAAAUAACAACAAAUAAAGAACAAUCACAAAAUAAAAAUGAAUUAGAUAAAUUAAAACAAGAAUUAAUGAUUCGAAAUAAAUUAAAUGAACAACAAAGUCGAAAAAUAGCUUAUCAACGUGAAGUUUAUGCAUCAAAACAAGCUGAAUUAAAUCAAUUAGAUCGUCGUAUAGAAGAACUUCAACAACGUUUAAAAAAAAAACGUACAUUAACAUCAAAUCGUACAACAAUAUCAACACCAUUAGCAGCAACAACAACAACAGCAGUUGUUGAACCUUUUACAUCAACAACUGGUUAUCGUACUGCUUUUGAUACUAUACAAGAUACUUUAAAUAAUGUUAAAAUUGCUGAAAUUGAAAAACGUAUGGUACAAUUAGCUAAUUCAUUUAAUGCUACAUCAUCAUCAUCACCAACAAAUAUUAAUGAACAAAUUAAUAAUUCAAGUAGUCCUAAAAAGACAAAUGGUAUAUUAUCAUCAAAUCAACAAUCUAAAAUUGCAUUUGCAUCAAAAAGUGAAAUAGCAGCAACAUAUAUGGCUCGUACAUCAAAUCAAUCAAUAUCUCCAUCAUUAUUAAAUAAAAAAGCGACAGAUAUAAUUGAUAAUACAAGUAAAAGUGAACAACAAUUAUUACCACCUAAUCUUCGUUUAAAUGAUGAUAUACUUUCUGUACAUUUUAAUAAUGUAACAUCAACAAUAAAAAAACGUCAUUCAUUAUCCGAUCCAGCUGAUUCAUUAAUAAAAUAUCUUUCAUCAAAUGUUUCAUCAAAUACAAAUAAUAAUACUAUACAAUCUCAAGCAAUUCAAGUUCGUGAUGAUUCAUCAAAUCAAUUAUUAACUGAUACUAAAAUUUCACCUGUACCAACAAUUGUUGCUUAUGAAAAUCUUAUUGAUAUACAAACAAAUAUUAAUAAAAAAAUUGAUGAAGAACAACAAAUUCAACGUGAAGAACAACAAAUUAUGAUUGAAUCAGUUGUUUCUGAUACGGAAUCUGAAUAUGAACAUUCAGAUAAUAUUGAAUCAGCUAUAUCAUCACCAACAACAAUAACAACAACAGUAACAACAUCUGCUAUGAAUCUUAAAUCUUUAUUAAAAACUUCAACAACACCAAAAAAUUUAACAAGACGAGUUAUGUUUGAUCCAUUAGCACUUCUUCUUGAUGCUGCUGUUGUUGGAGAACUUGAUCUUGUUAGAAAAGCAGCAAAAGAGGUUGAAAAUCCAAGUCAACCAAAUGAUGAAGGUUUAACAGCGUUACAUAAUGCUGUAUGUGCAUCAAAUUUUGAAUGUGUUAAAUUUUUGGUUGAAUUUGGUUGUGAUAUUAAUUUUGCUGAUAAUGAUGGAUGGACACCAUUACAUUGUGCUGCAUCAUGUAAUAAUACACCAAUGGUUCAAUUUUUAGUUGAACAUGGUGCUUGUAUUUAUGCGACAACUAUUCGAGAUAAUGAAACAGCUGCUGAAAAAUGUGAAGAAGAAGAAGAAAAUUAUGCUACUUGUUCACAAUAUCUUUUAUUUGUACAAAAUGAUUUGGGUGUAAUAAAUAAUGGUUUAGUUUAUGGUUUGUAUGAUUUUGAACCCAGUAAUACAUCAGAUGAUCCAAAUAAUAAUGAACUUGCCUUCAAAGAUGGCGAUCAAUUAAGAAUAUUAAGACGUGGUGAUGAAAAUGAAAAUGAAUGGUGGUGGGCUAAACAUGAAACGAUACAAAAAGAAGGAUAUGUACCACGAAAUUAUCUUGGACUUUAUCCAAGAGUACGACCAGGUUCAAUGGCUUCAACUAGUUGUUAG